UUGGGAACGGAGUUGGAUGAAGCCGAGCAGAGCUGGGUGAGGCGGGCGGUGGGCUGACUGGCGGUGGAUGGACUGAGCUGGGUUGGCUUCACCGGACAGCGCUGACCAGGGUUAGGUUGAGUUGGGCUGCGUUGGACUGAGCUGUACCGGGCUGCACGGUGCCGGGCUCUUUUGUGUUGGGCAUCCUCUCGGCGACAGCGCUCAGGUGGAGAGGACGGUGCCCGGAAGGGACGAGAGGUCCCGGACCGCUGCCUGGCCCCGCACCCAGCCGCCCUCCGAGGACAGCGGGCCCGAACGCUGGCCCCGCCGGUUCCCGGGCCGUUUCGGCGGGGUCGCUGCUCAUCCCCAGAUUUCUUCCAAGCGUGCGAGGCGAACGCGCCAUUUUAGCGCAGAGCUCGGCAGGUAAACAGCGGCGAUGGAGAAAUAUGACAAAAUCGGGAAAAUCGGAGAGGGCUCUUACGGCGUGGUGUUCAAAUGUAGGAAUAAAGUCAGCGGACAGAUAGUGGCCAUUAAGAAGUUCGUGGAGUCCGAGGAUGACCCCGUUAUCAAGAAGAUCGCCAUGCGAGAGAUCCGGAUGCUGAAGCAACUGAAGCAUGGCAACCUUGUCAACCUGAUUGAAGUGUUCAGAAGGAAACGAAGACUUCAUUUAGUGUUUGAAUACUGUGACCACACUGUGUUAGAUGAGUUGGACCGAUACCCGAAAGGGGUACCUGAUCACUUGGUGAAGAGAAUCACUUGGCAAACACUUCAGGCUGUCAACUUCUGCCAUAAGCAUAACUGCAUACAUAGGGAUGUUAAACCAGAAAAUAUCUUAAUUACAAAAGAUCAUGUCAUUAAGCUUUGUGAUUUUGGUUUUGCCAGGAUAUUGACCGGUCCAGGAGAUUACUAUACUGAUUAUGUAGCUACCCGGUGGUACCGUGCUCCCGAACUGUUGGUUGGUGACACGCAGUAUGGCCCUCCAGUGGACAUUUGGGCAAUAGGCUGCCUUUUUGCAGAAUUAUUAUAUGGAGCCCCCUUGUGGCCAGGAAAGUCAGAUGUUGAUCAGCUCUAUCUGAUAAGAAAAACACUAGGUGAUUUGAUUCCACGACAUCAACAAGUCUUUAGUUCAAACCAGUUCUUCAAUGGAGUGAGCAUACCAGUGCCAGAUAAUUUGGAAACUUUGGAAAUGAAGUUUGCUAAUAUUUCUCAAAAUGCCCUUGGAUUAAUGAAGGGUUGUUUGCAUAUGGAUCCUGCCGAUCGACUAAACUGUGAGCAGUUGCUGGAUCUCCCUUACUUCAACAGCCUUAGAAAAGAAAUAGAAAUGGGCAAGCAAAAACCUCUUAAAAGACGUGUUAGACCACCACACAGAAAUAUACCAGCAUUGCAGUAUUUACCACAGCUUACUGGCAGCAAUAUCUCACCAUCCAUGGAAAGCAAGAACUACUUAAAGAAGAAAUAUAAUUACCAUCUACCAAAUAUUUGACUAAAUGGCAUACAUAUACAAUCAAGGUACACAAGAACCUACCUGAAAAAUGCUUCAAGGGAAAUGUACAAACUAUGGUAAAGUGAAGGCUUGAACAUCAUCCAGCCUGGGAUUAUAUAUCCUUUCAUUUUAGUUCAGCAUCUUGCUUUCCUUUUACUAUGUUCCGGCUUUAGAAGGGCAGACAUUUAUAAUAAAUGGAAAUGAAUAAGAACCAGGAAGUACUUGGUCCAAAGUUUUGUUUUAAAUGUGUACAAUGUUUGUAUAAAGAAACAACACUAUAUUCUAUGCACAACUUGUUGCUUAAAAAAUAUUUAGAGCUCCACUUUCUGGAGAACCAUCUCUGAAAAAUGAAGUGCUUCUUUACAUUUAUCCCUAACAAAAGUUGACUGUUGAAGCAAGGAUACUGCCAAUGCUGCUCCUCCCUAUCUUUAGGAAUAAUUACUUCCCUUUCUUGAAAAAAAAUAUAGAACCCAUUGUCCAGCUUUCCUCUGCUGAGCAAGAUUUUAAGGACAAGCAAGUUGAAUUUACAAUCUGCCUGCCUAACGAAAAAGGAACCAAAGUAAUUUAUUUUCAGUCCUAACUCAAGUUCCACGUUUAUUUGAUUUUGAAUUGCUUAGUUUGGAUUUCUCAUUAGUUCCAAGUAUUUCAAUUUAUUGCUGGAUAAAACACCCUGUUGAUGAAUGGAAUUUUGACCUACUUGUCCUCUUGCUUGGUAUAAAAAUAUAGCCAUUUCAAUAUAGAAGGUAACCUCAAUUUAGAGGGAUUAAGUUGUUCAUCAGAUACUUGACUAUCAUUCAAUUAAACAUUAUACAAAUAAAUGAGAAUACUUGCCAUGCAAA